GGCGGAGGCGGGAGCAGAGCUGCUCGGCCGUGCGCGGAGACGCGCGCGCGCGGAGCCGACGGGCCCAGCUAGACGGCCUCUUGCCGCUCCUCCUCUCCCCCUCCCUCCCCGCCCGCUGUCCUGCUCGAUCUCCGUUCUCCUCCGGACGCGCGGCCGGGCUCCGUGUGUGGCGCUACCCGCGCCGCCAGCAGCGCCCGUUCGCCCGAGGCGCGUGGGGCGCCCCCCGCAGCCCCGCGAAUGCUGCUGCUAGGGGUGGUGGGAGCAGCCGUGGGACGCGUGGCCGGGAGCGGGGGUGACAGCCUGGGAUUCCGGGGUCUUCUCUUCCUUGUCCUCCUCUUCUCUCUAUUCCCAGUGUGGCCGUUGCUGACACUAAAGACUUUGUAGCCAUCAACCCGAGUGCAGUUUCGAUGGAAAAUGAAGGUUGCACGUUUUCAAAAAAUACCAAAUGGUGAAAAUGAAACAAUGAUUCCUGUAUUGACAUCAAAGAAAGCAAGUGAAUUACCAGUCAGUGAGGUUGCAGGCAUUCUCCAAGCUGAUCUUCAGAAUGGCUUAAACAAAUCUGAAGUUAGUCAUAGGCGAGCCUUCCAUGGCUGGAAUGAGUUUGAUAUUAGUGAAGAUGAACCACUAUGGAAGAAGUAUAUUUCUCAGUUUAAAAACCCCCUCAUUAUGCUGCUCCUGGCUUCUGCAGUCAUCAGUAUUUUAAUGCAUCAGUUUGAUGAUGCUGUCAGCAUCACUGUGGCAAUACUUAUUGUCGUCACUGUGGCCUUUGUUCAGGAAUAUCGUUCAGAAAAAUCUCUUGAAGAAUUGAGUAAACUUGUCCCACCAGAAUGCCAUUGUGUGCGUGAAGGAAAAUUGGAGCAUACACUCGCCCGAGACUUGGUUCCAGGUGACACAGUUUGCCUUUCUGUGGGAGACAGAGUUCCUGCGGACUUACGUUUAUUUGAGGCUGUGGAUCUUUCCAUUGAUGAGUCCAGCUUGACAGGCGAGACAACUCCUUGUUCUAAGGUGACAGCUCCUCAGGCAGCUGCUGCUAAUGGAGAUCUUGCAUCCAGAAGUAACAUUGCCUUCAUGGGAACACUGGUCAGAUGUGGCAAAGCAAAGGGUAUUGUUAUUGGAACAGGAGAAAAUUCUGAAUUUGGAGAGGUUUUUAAGAUGAUGCAAGCAGAAGAAGCCCCGAAAACCCCUCUGCAGAAGAGCAUGGACCUCUUAGGCAAACAGCUGUCCUUUUACUCCUUUGGUAUAAUAGGUAUCAUCAUGUUGGUUGGCUGGUUACUAGGAAAAGACAUUCUGGAAAUGUUUACUAUUAGUGUAAGUUUGGCUGUAGCAGCAAUUCCUGAAGGUUUGCCAAUUGUGGUCACAGUGACACUAGCCCUGGGUGUUAUGAGAAUGGUGAAGAAAAGGGCUAUCGUGAAGAAACUGCCUAUUGUUGAAACGCUAGGCUGCUGCAAUGUGAUUUGUUCAGAUAAAACUGGAACAUUGACGAAGAAUGAGAUGACUGUCACUCAAAUAUUCACUUCAGAUGGUCUGCAUGCUGAGGUUACUGGAGUUGGCUAUAAUCAGUUUGGUGAAGUCAUUGUUGAUGGCGAUGUUGUUCAUGGAUUCUAUAACCCAGCUGUUAGCAGAAUUGUUGAGGCGGGCUGUGUGUGCAAUGAUGCUGUAAUUAGGAACAACACUCUGAUGGGAAAGCCAACUGAAGGAGCCUUAAUUGCUCUUGCAAUGAAGAUGGGUCUUGAUGGACUGCAACAGGAUUAUAUCAGAAAAACUGAAUACCCUUUUAGUUCUGAGCAGAAAUGGAUGGCCGUUAAGUGUGUACACCGAACACAGCAGGACAGACCAGAGAUUUGUUUUAUGAAGGGUGCUUAUGAACAGGUGAUUAAGUAUUGUACUACAUAUAACAACAAAGGGCAGACUUUGGCACUUACCCAGCAGCAGAGAGAUCUGUAUCAACAAGAGAAGGCACGGAUGGGCUCUGCGGGACUCAGAGUUCUCGCCCUGGCUUCUGGUCCGGAACUGGGACAACUGACCUUCCUUGGCCUGGUAGGAAUCAUCGAUCCUCCUAGAACUGGUGUGAAAGAAGCGGUCACAACACUUAUUGCCUCAGGGGUCUCCAUCAAAAUGAUCACUGGAGAUUCGCAGGAGACUGCAAUUGCAAUCGCUAGUCGUCUGGGAUUGUAUUCUAAAACUUCCCAGUCAGUGUCUGGAGAAGAAGUAGAUACCAUGGAAGUCCAGCAGCUUUCACAGAUAGUACCAAAGGUCGCAGUAUUUUACAGAGCAAGCCCAAGACACAAGAUGAAAAUUAUUAAGUCUCUCCAGAAGAAUGGGUCAGUUGUAGCCAUGACAGGAGAUGGAGUAAAUGAUGCUGUUGCUCUGAAGGCUGCAGACAUUGGAGUUGCCAUGGGCCAGACUGGCACAGAUGUUUGCAAAGAGGCUGCAGACAUGAUCUUGGUGGAUGAUGACUUUCAAACAAUAAUGUCUGCAAUUGAAGAGGGUAAAGGCAUUUAUAAUAACAUUAAGAAUUUUGUUAGAUUUCAACUGAGCACGAGUAUAGCAGCAUUAACUUUAAUCUCAUUGGCUACGUUAAUGAACUUUCCUAACCCUCUAAAUGCAAUGCAAAUUUUGUGGAUCAAUAUUAUUAUGGAUGGACCGCCAGCUCAGAGCCUUGGAGUAGAGCCAGUGGAUAAAGACGUCAUUCGCAAACCUCCUCGAAACUGGAAGGACAGCAUUUUGACAAAAAAUUUGAUACUUAAAAUACUUGUUUCAUCAAUAAUCAUUGUUUGUGGGACUUUGUUUGUCUUCUGGCGAGAGCUUCGAGACAAUGUGAUAACACCACGAGACACAACAAUGACUUUCACUUGCUUUGUGUUUUUUGACAUGUUCAAUGCACUGAGUUCCAGAUCUCAGACCAAAUCUGUGUUUGAGAUUGGACUCUGCAGUAAUAAGAUGUUUUGCUAUGCAGUUCUUGGAUCCAUCAUGGGACAGUUACUUGUUAUUUACUUCCCUCCACUUCAGAAGGUUUUUCAGACCGAGAGCCUGAGUAUACUGGAUCUGUUGUUUCUUUUGGGUCUUACGUCGUCAGUGUGCAUUGUGUCUGAAAUUAUAAAGAAGGUUGAAAGGAGCAGGGAAAAGAUCCAGAAGAAUGCGAGUUCGACAUCAUCCUCUUUUCUUGAAGUAUGAUGCAUAUUGCAUUUUUUUAAUUUGCAAACUAGGAAUUUCAGUCCAAGGAUCAUUUAGAAGGGCAAGUUCAAGAGGAUAAUGAAGAUUUAAGGACUUUUUACCUUUCCAUUGACUAAAAAUGAACAUUAAUGUUAAAGACUUGAUUUCAGUCUUUAACCUGUUUGAUAGUCCCAAAUGAAAUUAUGCAGCUUUGAUAACAUAACCCUUGAUUUGAAUUGGCUUUGCAAUUGAGUGGAACUUUGUAAACAUAUGGGCAAGUACUGAAUUAAAAAUACAGAAGACAAAACCUGAACCACCUUCUGCACUUAAAGAAUUCUAAUGUACAAAUACACUGUCUGUCUUAGAUGGAUAUAAAUAUUUUUUUUAUUUUUAAAUAUUGUACUAUUUAUGGUGGUGGGGCUUUCUUACUAAUAUACAAAUAAAUUUAAUCAUUUCAAAGGCAUUCUAUUUGGUUUAGAAAUUGCCAGGAGUGCCAUAUCUCAGCUCCCGUGUUACCUUUUUCCUGCAAUAUAAGCAGACUGAUACUUUGUGCUACCAUUUUUGUAUUUUAUGUUUUUUUUUUUAUUUUGCACAGGAUAUGACCACUGUCUGAUCACUUUCUUUUCUUUCUUCUUGUGACUGAAAAGCAUAUACUGCAAUUGAAGUAAAUGUUUGCUCUUCUUUGUAAGUGUAAAUGGUUGUUUUUUUGUAGUUGUUUUGUUUUUCAUAGAGAUGUGAGUCUUUUAAUUCUAGCAGAAUUAGUUCAGGGCUGUCAUUGGUAUUACAGUUAGAGUAAUUGUAGUUAACACACAGUCAUAGAGUAAAAAACAAGGCCGGGUUGGAAUUUAUGACAGAUUAUAGUAACACAUCUUUGUCUCCAUUUUAUUUUAAUAUAAAUAUACUUAGUCAAUAUCAUUUUGUCAUUCCUUGCUCAUAAAUCAAACACUUCAGCUGAAUAAUUAACCUUUAUUACUGUUUCAUAUGUAUAUUUUUAAGCCUAUUUCUUAGAGAGUAUAGACUACUAUACUUACAGAAUAAAAAGUCCCAAACUCAUAUAGAUAGUAUAUGAACCAGGGUAUACUUGGGAGAUCCUGUGCUGGCCUUGCUCCUCUGAAUUUUCUAGGCAGCUGCCUUGGCCUAGAGUGUAGCACAACCCUGAGUCUGUUCCUUCUACUGUUUGUUUGUGCUCUGUCUUCUAUUUCACUGGGCAUGCUUUGGAAAUUGAUGGGUUUGCUCUGUGUAAUACCAUCAGUUUUUAUAAAAGCUUGACAAAAUAAAGGUAAGUGUUAAGUUUUGUAUUUCAUAACCUAUCAGAAUAAACUGUUCCAUGUUAAUGGUGAAUGUUAACACUGAUGUGCUGUUACUGAUAGGAGGAGUCUGUUGUUUGAGUCCUUACUACUGAAGCAUGAGUAUACGGAGCCAGAACGUCUGCACUUCGUUCUCACUCUUUGAGGCCGAGCUGUCAUGUACAUUGUUCUGUCUGAUUAGAUGGAACAUGAUGUCAUUGUCCUAUCAACUCUCAGAGGUUUGAUGUCUCAUACCUAAAUUUUAUAAUGGUUUUUACAUUCUGUUACAAACUUGAAAAAUACAUUAGAGUGCGUAUUCAGUCUUCUUUGUUUUACAUUAGAGGUUGAGAACAUAAUUCAUGAAAUGAAUGUGCCUAUCUUCUCACUUGGUUUUUGAAGUAUAAAAAUAAAAUGAUUUUUUUUCAUAAGUU